UCCAGCCAUGGCGGACGCGCCGCCCGAGGUGCUCGAGCUGAACGUCGGCGGCGUGCACUACGCGAGCACGCGCGAGACGCUGCUGCGCGAGCCGGACUCGCUGCCGGCCACCGCGCUCACAGACGCCGAUCAUCCGCGCGACGCCCGCGGUCGCAUCUUCUUCGACCGUGACGGCGUGCUCUUCCGCUACGUGCUGGACUACCUGCGCGACGGCGGACUCGUGCUGCCCGAGUGCUUCCGCGAGCACAAGCGGCUGGCGCGCGAGGCGCGGCACUACCGGCUGCCAGGCCUGGAGGCGGCCGUCCGUGACGCCGACCCGCGCCCGCCACAUCGCGAGAAGGGCUGCAUCACAGUCGGCUACCGCGGCAGCUUCGCUUUCGGCCGCGACGGCCUGGCCGACGUCAAGUUCCGCAAGCUGUCGCGCAUCCUCGUGUGCGGCAAGGUGACGCUCUGCCGCGACGUGUUCGGUGAGACGCUGAACGAGUCGCGCGAUCCCGAUCACGGCCUGGCCGACCGCUACACCUCGCGCUUCUUCCUCAAGCAUUCGUUCAUCGAGCAGGCUUUCGAUAUGCUGCAGGAGCAGGGCUUCAAGCUAACGGCGAGCUGCGGCAGCGGCACAGCAGGCGGCGCCGCAGAGUUAAAACCCGGCGUCGACUCCGAGGAGAACCGCUGGAACCACUACAACGAGUUCGUAUUCGUACGCGAGUAAGAUACGCUGCCGUCGAUAAGAACAAGGCUUUCAUACUACACACUACAGAGAUCAGCUGUUGCGAGUGCGAGAGUGAACGACCGCCAGCGCGGGAAAUGUUACACGUGACCUACGCUAAUUAUUUCUCUAUCAUGCGUAAAUUUUCAAACAUUUAUAAUUAAUCUUAAACAUUUUCUUACUUAUAUUUCGAAAUUUUGAACUUGUUGGCUACAAAAUCUUGUGUUUUAACAAGCUUGUAUACUUUUUAACAUUUGGUAGUCGAUGAAUUUUUAAUAACAGAAUAAAUGA